AUGACAGCAAUCAGUGAUCCGAAUAUUAAGUUUUCGUGUAUAACAUCUCGUUUUUUAUGUCCGACAUUUCGCCGUCCAAAUUACCGAAGAAUAUUAUCCGUUCCACUUCAGGAUAUUGGUGAGUUAAUACCGAAAGAACAACUUUUUCAUAUGUGGACGAAAGAAAAGGGCCAGUAUUAUCAUUUUAUCAAUUCUGCUUUACUGGAAGACGAUCAUCAAGUAUUGGAAGAUAAUUUAAACUUUAUAUUCAGUUUAAAGCAUGCUAUAAAAUCCAAUUCAUACUCACAUCAUGGAAAAGUUUAUCGCGGUUUAGAACUAGAUGACGAACAGGUCAAAGAAGAAUAUAAAAUAGGUACAACCUUUUUGUGGCCCACAUUUACGUGCACAUCUAAAGAUAAAGAACAAGCUGGACGGUUUGGUCAUUACCUAUUUGAAAUUGAUAUUCCAGGUGAAGGUAUUACAUACUGUUGUGAUAUCAGUCAGUAUUCUGACUUUCCUUACGAAAGCGAAGUGUUAUUUUACCCUUACACCGGUUUUCGAGUAACCCAAGUAUUACCGGAAAAAAAAUUAAUUAAACUAACCUGUGUAGAUACAUUGACAAUUGAAAAAGAAAAUGAAAAACUUAUUCCCGAUCAAGUAAAAAUUUAUGAUGAAUUUAGAGACAUGUACGUUUGGUUCUAUAAAUCGGAUACGAAUAUCUAUUGGUGUAACGCUGAUGACCCCGAAACAAUUUAUAUUAUCGCCCAAAAUGACAACGGUUAUUGGGAUUCACCUUAUCGAUUUCAUCAUAAAAAUGGAUAUUUCUUGAAAAGAUCUUUAAAAUGGGAAGAAUAUCAAGAUAAUGAAAAAAUCUGUGAAUUUAGAGAAGUAAAUGAAUUAGUCAUCAAUGAUAAGCAUGAAGAAACAAUACAAAAGGGUGAAAAUGGCAUAGAUAUGUGUAAUCGUAACAGUAGAGCGCGAUCAACUGAAACCAUUGUUAAUAAAGAUGCUGAUGCAUGA